GACGCGUGUAUUUCUUCCUGUUUGAUUUUUGCAUGUAAACAAAAGAAAAGCGUACAAGACCUUAAAAAAGGGAAUCAAAAUUAUACAGAGUUACGGUAUAUGAUUGUUCAAUAAUAAUGGAAAGAGUUCAAGAGACUAAGCCGGGGAAAUCAAAAGACGACUGUCCGUUAGCUUCUCCGGAAAGACAAAGACGAGGUGCCAGCUCCGGAAAGCGGCAGCCAGUUCCCCCAGCCCUAAGACUAAUGUCUCCGUUUGAUAGUGACCAGGAGCUGAAUGACCUAGAGGUCGCCAGUGUAUUAGAAGGAAAACAACAAGGAAAUGAUUGUUUGUCACCAACAAAGUCAAAGAGACAUGAAACACCUUUCAGGCCAACCACUGUUAUGACAAAUUUACAAAGAGGAAAUGUACAGACUACAACCCCUCUAUUUAAGAAUAUUUCUCUUCACCAAAUGGCAGCUCAAGGAGAGCUCACUCACCUUCACCAAGAAAUUAAUGAAGCAGGAUGUGAUGUAAAUAAAGUAGAUUCCAAUGACAUGACAGCACUCCUCUGGGCAUGUGCAAAUGGUCAGCAGCCAGCUGUAGAGUUUCUGAUCAAGUCCGGUGCCGACAUUAAUGUCUCUGGCAGCCAUGGUGAAAAUGCUCUUCUGCUUGCGAGCUGCAACGGUUAUCUUGGUAUUGUUGAAAUUUUGCUGAAACUUGGCAUGGAUGUCAAUGUUACUGAUGAGAUAGGGAAUACAGCUCUUAUAUACGCUGCCUACAGAGGCCAUGACAGCGUUGUAAAGCUGUUGUUAGAGUAUGGAGCUGACAUUAUGGCUCAGAAUGAAGAUAACAUGAAUGUAAUGGACUUGGUUGUGGGUCAAGGAAACAAACACAUACAACAGGUUAUUGAACGGCAUAUGCUUUCAUUGUUUGAAUGACUAUAUUUAAACAAUGGAGCAAAAUAGCUGAA